AUGAAGUACCUUGAAGAACCGCAAUUAUCGUGGCUUAACUCGGUGCUGGGAAGUUAUGAGAUUGGUGAUCGUGUAUUAAACGGAAAGUUGGAGACAUACUCGUGCAAGAAGGCGGGUAGCGACAAACGUCUGGCCAAGAGUCUGGAGCUUUAUUACCAGCAGGAAAUUGAAGCUUCUGCUGAAUUCUUAGGCUCAUCCCCUUUGGGACCGAUCGCGGCUCCUGCUACGCGCAAGCUUUUGAUUAAUCUCAUUUCCACAAUGAAUGCCAGCUUUCCUGAUUACGACUUUAGCGCCGCUAGACCUGGACAAUUCCGAAAGGAGUCGGACUUUCGUAUAGCAUUGCAACGUAUAAAUCACGACUUGGCUGAAUUACUGGACGCUGAGGGUAAUGGUUUUGCGGAGAAGAUGUGGGAAGCAAUUGCCGAGGCCAUUAAGCUUGACGAGUGUGACGUUUAUAGCUACAUACCAGACAUGGACUCAGACCCGUUCUCGGAUGGGAAUUUGUGGUCCUUUAACUACUUUUUCUACAAUAAGAUGCAGAAGAAAGUGCUUUACUUUACGUGUCUUUGCAAAGGCUUGACAUACGAUAGCGAAGUGGAUGAUGAAGUGAUGGAUGAGUCAACUUCCACGGACGAAGAUGGAGAGGACGCGAUGGAAGAUUAUUUUGGAAUGACAUCUGACUGGGAGGACGGCUCAUAA